AUGGCGGCUGGAGGAGGAUGCGGGGAGACGGUGGACCACUACCGGGCCGAAGUGGAGCGUUUAACAAGAGAGCUAGCGGAGGCCAACCGCGAGAAGGUCCGGGCGGCGGAAUGCGGACUCGUUGUUCUGGAAGAGAACCAGACUCUGAAGCAGCAGUACUCAGACCUGGAGGCAGAGCAGGAUACUUUAAGACAAGAGUUGGAACAAUUGCAAGAGGCCUUUAGCCAGGCAUACUCCACCCAGCGGAAGGUGGCGGAGGAUGGGGAGACCAACGAGGAAGCUUUGCUGCAGGAAUCGGCUAAUAAGGAGGCAUUUUAUAUGGCUCGUUUGCUGGAAUUGCAGACGGAGUUGAAACUAAGUAGAUCACAGUUCUCCAACGCACAGAUGGAGAAUGAACGCUUGGCCAUGCUGCUGCAGGAUGAGAGAGAGAGUAACGAGAUGUUGGAGCUGCAGAGGAGCAGGAUGAGAGAGGAGAUUAGAGAGUAUAAAUUCAGAGAAGCCAGACUCCUGCAGGACUACACAGAACUGGAGGAGGAGAAUAUCUCACUACAGAAACAAGUGUCCACACUCAAACAGAACCAAGUGGAAUAUGAGGGCCUGAAACAUGAGAUUAAAGUUCUGGAAGAGGAGACAGUGCUGCUCAACAGCCAGUUAGAGGAUGCGUUACGUUUGAAGGACAUAUCAGAAAGUCAAUUAGAGGAGGCCCUGGAUGCUCUGAAAAGUGAACGUGAACAAAAGAACAACUUGCGUAAAGAGCUAGCCCACCAGCUUAAUCUAGGGGAGGGUGCAUUCAGCGUAGGCUCCACCCAUUUGACCUCCCUCACCGAGGAUGGUAGCAAAUGUAAUGGCCACCUGCUGCAGGGCGGGGCAGUGGGAGCAGGGCUCAGCAGACUAAAUGGAGACUUUCGUCAAGCAUCGGUGGGAAACAGGAAGGGUGAAUCAUUGACCCCUGACCUUUUCAGCGAGUUAAAUUUAACAGAAAUCCAGAAACUUAAACAACAGCUCUUGCAGGUGGAACGUGAGAAAGCAGCCCUACUGAGUCGUCUGCAGGAGUGUGAGGCGCAGCUGCAACACACCCAGUGCGCUCUGAGCGAACAGUGUGAGAGAGCGUGGCGUUUUCAGGAACGUAUCCGAGCUCUGCGACAACAACACAGCCAGAAACAGCAGCGUGACCCAGAGGAAGAGGGGGAGGAGGGGACUGAGAAGAGCACAGCUGUCUCUGAGGGGUCUGGACUGGAGCUGCUGCAGUGCAAGUACAGAGUGGCAGUAACAGAGGUGGUAGGACUGAAAGCUGAACUAAAAGAAUUGAAAGAGAGGUACAAUGAGAAGAUGGAAGGUGAAGAGGAGGAGUGCAGGCGUAGCCAGGUACUGGAGGAAAAAGUGGUGAAACUAGAGAGGAGCUGCAGGGAGAACCGGGAGCGAGUGGCUGCUCUGGAGGCAGAGUUACGGAAGGCAACGAAUUUAACCAGCGAGAGCCAGGGUCUCCUCAACUCCACCCAGGAUGAGCUGGUAACGUUUAGCGAGGAACUGGCUCAGCUCUAUCACCACGUUUGCCUGUGCAACAAUGAAACCCCCAACCGCGUCAUGCUCGACUACUACCGCCAGAGCCGGUCGCCACGCACCACCAGCGGAACUGGGCUCAAAACCCAGGAUGAACACAGAAUUCUCCUCACCCCGCGGUUAGCACGCCGGCUAGCCGCGGUCAACGCCGUAACAGAAUCCCGCAGCCCCUCAGAAUCACCUUCUAAAGAGCCCCUUUCCGACCAGAGCCCCUCUCACACUCCUCAGACCGGUUCGCCCAUCAUCAGUGGCUCUUCAUCUUCUUCUUCCUCUUCUCCGGCACCUGAGUCCACAGGCUCAGACCCCCGCCGGGAGCCCAUGAACAUCCACCAUCUGAACGCCAUUAUCCGUGACCAGAUAAAACACCUGCAGAGGGCAGUGGAUCGCUCACUGCAGUUGUCCAGGCAACGAGCUGCAGCACGGGAACUUGCUCCGCUCUUCGACAAGGACAAAGAGGCCUGUAUGGAGGAAAUCCUGAAGCUCAAAUCACUCCUUAGCACCAAGAGGGAGCAGAUAGCCACUCUUCGCCUCGUCCUCAAAGCCAAUAAACAGACUGCAGAGGUGGCGUUGGCUAAUCUGAAGAGUAAAUAUGAGAAUGAGAAGAGUAUAGUGACGGAGACGAUGAUGAAACUGAGAAAUGAACUGAAGGCUCUCAAAGAGGAUGCUGCCACUUUCUCUUCUCUCAGAGCCAUGUUUGCUACGCGCUGUGAUGAGUAUGUAACUCAGCUUGAUGAGAUGCAGAGGCAAUUGGCAGCAGCAGAGGAUGAGAAGAAGACCCUGAACUCUCUGCUACGGAUGGCCAUCCAGCAGAAACUGGCUCUAACCCAGCGUCUGGAGGACCUGGAGUUCGACCACGAGCAGUCGCACCGCACACGAACUAGCAAGUUCUCCACUAAGGCCAGGAGCGCCACGCCCAAAAUUGUCAGCAGCCUGCUACCUCAGUGCCGCCACACUCCUCACAGUUAA